CUAAAGGCCUUUGAUGAUGAAGUCAAUGAUUUUUUGGACUAUAUGUUUGGACCUCGAGAUUCUCGAGUCAGAGGCUGGUUUAUGUUGGACUCUUACCUUCCUACCUUUUUUCUUACUGUCAUAUAUCUGCUCUCAAUAUGGCUGGGUAACAAAUACAUGAAGAAUAGACCUGCUCUUUCUCUCAGGGGAAUCCUUACCUUGUAUAAUCUUGGAAUCACACUUCUUUCUGCAUACAUGCUGGUAGAGCUCAUUCUCUCUAGUUGGGAAGGUGGCUACAACCUACAAUGUCAGAAUCUCAUCAGCGCAGGAGAAGCUGAUGUCCGGGUAGCUAAAGUGUUAUGGUGGUACUACUUCUCCAAGUUGGUGGAGUUCCUGGACACAAUUUUCUUUGUUUUGCGAAAAAAGACAAGUCAGAUCACUUUUCUUCAUGUCUAUCAUCAUGUGUCUAUGUUCAAUAUUUGGUGGUGUGUCUUGAAUUGGAUACCCUGUGGACAGAGCUUCUUUGGACCAACACUGAACAGUUUCAUCCACAUUCUUAUGUACUCCUACUAUGGACUUUCUGUGUUUCCAUCCAUGCACAGAUACCUUUGGUGGAAGAAAUACCUCACGCAAGCUCAACUGGUACAGUUCGUGCUCACCAUCACACACACGCUGAGUGCUGUUGUGAAGCCCUGUGGCUUCCCCUUCGGUUGUCUCAUCUUCCAGUCCUCCUAUAUGAUGACACUAGUCAUCCUGUUCUUAAAUUUUUAUAUUCAGACCUACCGAAAAAAGCCAGUGAAGAAAGAUACACAAGAGCCACCCACAGAGAAAGAUGUCAAGAAUGGCUUUACCAAAGCCUACAUCACUGCGGCUAAUGGAGUUAUGACCAAGAAAGCGCAGUAA